AUGGGAAACAAAGAACUUGCAGAAGAUUCAUUGAUUGCGAGAAGGAGGGAUGUGGAAGAAGAGGAGGUAGUAGGCUUGGUGCAUGACUCCAAUGAGGUGAUUAGCCAACUUGAAAGAGGAGAUUGGAGUCGUAGAGUUGUUUGCAUAUUAGGCAUGGGUGGAUUGGGAAAGACCACUCUUGCUCGAAAGAUCUACAACGGCGACAAGAUCAAGAGCAUGUUUCGCUGUUGUGUAUGGGGUUUUGUGUCCAACGACUACAGAGCGCAAGAAUUAUUAAUGAGUCUUUUGAAGCUUUUGGAUUUACCUGCAGAGGAGUACAAAGAUUUAACCGAUCAAGCAAAAAUGAAAAGAAAGGUCAGAGAACGCAUGAGUGGAAAGAAAUACCUGGUAGUUUUAGAUGACAUCUGGAAUACUCAAGUGUGGGAUGAUUUGCAAGGAGCCUUUCCUGAUGACAACAAUGGUAGCAGAAUAUUGAUAACCACACGUGUGAAGGAUAUUUCUCACUAUACAAGAGCAACCUUUACUUACGAACUUCCAUUUCUCAAUGAAAGUCAAAGUUGGGAACUGUUCUGUAAGAAGGUGUUUUGCAAAGAAAAAUGUCCUCAUGAACUUGAACCUCUUGGCAGAGAAAUGACUAAAGCCUGUAAAGGUUUGCCACUUGCCAUCAUUGUGUUAGCAGGUAUGGUUGCCAAAAAAGAGAGAUCACCAAGAGAAUGGAUUAAAAUCAAUAAUCAUGUUUCUUGGUAUCUUGCUCAGGAGGAAGAAUAUCGAAUUGUGACUAAUAUUUUGAAGCUUAGCUAUGAUGACCUUCCCCAAGCAUUAAAGCCAUGCUUUCUUUAUUUGGGAGUGUAUCCUGAAGAUUAUGAAAUCCAUGUGAGAAGAUUGUGUCAACUGUGGAUAGCUGAAGGGUUCAUUCAGAAAAAAGAAGUUGGACCAUCAAAUUCACCAGAAGUAGAAGAUAUUGCUGACAUGUAUUUAGAUAAGCUGGUGGAACGGAGCUUGGUGCAAGUGGCAAGUAGGAGGACUGAUGGGGGUGUGAAGACAUGUCGAGUCCAUGAUCUUCUUCGUGACCUAUGCAUUUCAGAGAGUAGGGAAAAUAAAUUUAUGGAAGUGUGCACAAAUUUGGAUGCUAUCAAGUGUAAUUCUCGUAGGAUGUCUCUCCAGUAUAGAGGAGAACUGAGGCUAACCGAAGAUAACCAAUCAUCUGCACGCUCUCUGCUUCUGUUUGGUGAAAGCACUUUCUGGGAGAAUGAAUCAGAAGGGUGGAAACAGAUAAAGAAAGGCUUCAAGUUGGCUCGUGUAUUGGACAUGAACAGAGUGGUGCUAUGUUUAUCACCUCGUGGAUUGAAGACAUUGAUCCAUCUAAGGUUUUUGAAAGUCAGAGCAUCUUCUGUAAGAAUUGGAAAUGAUGUUUUAGCUUCUCUAUGCAACCUUUCGAAUCUAGAAACCCUAUACUUAGGGAUUGAAAAGCCUAUUACUCUACCAAACAAAAUAUGGAAGCUCAAGUCACUCAGGCAUGUGUAUUUAGACAUUGAUGUUUACGUAUUAACAGAAAAAUUGUCUGUAGGAGCAUCAAUAUCGAGGAUGAAAAUUGGAGAAACAAAGGUGAAGAAUCUUCAAACACUGCGUAGCAUCUAUCUUAAUGCAAGAACAGCAAGCGUCCUAAGCAAGGGCAUGUUCCCCAACUUGACAAAAUUAACUUUGUGUCGAGAGGUGACAGAGCUGCCAGAGCCACCAGAAAAAGAAUUGUUAGAGAACAGUUUGCGGUGCCUAAACAAACUCCGAACGCUAAAGCUACUUGGCAUUGCGAAGCUUCCAUUAGAUCGGGAUGCGUAUCCUACAAGUCUUACCAAGAUUACCAUAGGAUACUUUCCUCCACUGGAUGCAAGAAUGAUAAAGACCCUGGGACAGCUAGCCAACCUGCGAACCUUGAAACUCUUUCGCGGAGGCAUAAUUGGCGAUGUUAAUUGCGUAGCUGGUGACUUCCCACAGCUUCAAGUACUACAUCUGACUGACGUUCAACAAUAUGGUAGAUGGAAGGUAGACGGAGGAGCAAUGCCUCAGAUUCGAUAUUGCAACGACCCUCGCAUCCUUUGA